AUGCCAGGCGCAGCAUACCAUGCCCUGAUCCGAACCCACCACAUCACAUCCAGGAAGAAGGUCGCCCGGCUCAAGGCCGCCGCCAAACAGUACCAAUGCUACGCUCUACUUCGGUCAGGGGGAAUCCCUGGUGUCAUGUAUGUACGAGGCUACGAUCGAUCCAACGUCCAGAAAUGGGUCGACACAGUCCAUGACCUGAGAUACAAAGACUACCAACUGGCAGCGCCUGUCCAUGCCAUUUCGUCCGAGCUUCAGCGGGAUGGUCCUCAACAGGACGAUGAAAGAGCGGGAUGCUUGGAAGAAGUCGCGACGGUCAAGGAAAUGGCCACAGAUAUGGAGGCAAGAGGCCUUCAGAGGUGGUGGCGGGUUGCCAUGGGAUUCACGCAGGCAUAA